AUGCACUUUUACUUAACCGAAAGCCCGACGCGGACGCUGUACCUUGUUACUAGCUCCCAAGAGGAAAUACAGGGUCGCCCGAGCCGAGUGCUUGUGUUCCGUGCUGCGGAAGGAAGAGCGUCGCAAGCCAUCGUAGAGUUCCUCCCCAAGAGCGAGGUCGACCUGACCAAUGCAAUCAAGCUAUCCAACAGAGUCAUCAAAGGUUGUCUAGGCCUGAUCUCUAUUGCUGGCGACGUAUUCCUCGCGGUUAUAACAUCCGUGACAGAACUUGGUGAUACUAGGCCCUCUGGUCCUCGACCCGAGUCUGUCGCGAAGAUAAAUGAAGUAGGCUUUUACUCCUUGACUUCCUCGACGUGGGAUUCUCCCUCUUUGUACGAUGCUGCGCCAAGUCCCACCUUUACCGAGCAGACUGACACAUAUCUGCGGGACUCUUAUUCUGGCCAAAACUCGCCCAAUCUUAUGUUUGAGCAUCCGUGCAUGCCUCUCAUCAAGAUAAUAUCUGCUGGGACUUUCUAUUACGCUCUGGAGCCGUACUGGGACCUGUCGUCACGGCUGUCUCAGCGGAUUACAAGGGAUGGUCAAGCCCCACAAGAUAUGGGUCACUACGACGAUCGCUUUCUGUGGAACGAAUACAUCGUGCGUAGUCUCCUAGACUUCCGAGAAGGGCUAGAUCCCGCGGAAAGAAGCGACCUCGACCGGUGUCAAUUCAUCGCGCUUGCCAUACAAGGAUACGUAGGCCUCCAUGCGCUGCCGCUACCCGCGCCGCCUACAAACGGAAAGCCGAUGGUUGCCACCGUUUCGCUCAUAUCUCGACUUGGCUGGAAGCGAGCAGGCACUCGCUUCAAUACACGAGGUGUAGACGACGAUGGGAACUGCGCGAAUUUCGUAGAGACCGAAACCAUCUUCAGCACUGAGAUGAACUGUUUUAGCUUUGUCCAAAUCAGAGGCAGCGUUCCUUUGUUCUGGGAACAGCAAGGGCUGCAAACGUUCGGACAGAAGAUACAGAUCACAAGACCACAGGCUUCACAGCCGGCGUUUGAGAGGCAUUUCAUGCAGCUCAUCGACGAAUAUGGGGCGGUACACGCGAUCAAUCUUCUUGGAACUAAAGAAAACGAAGCUAGUUUGACGGCCGCGUACGCACGGGGUCUUCAGAUCGCGCAGACUGACAUGGGCGAUGCCAUUGGCAUUACUCACUUUGAUUUUCAUAAUAUGGUGAGGCUGUACGGUCAUGACGGAGUUAUCGGUCAACUUCGUCGACAAGAGAGCAUCAUGGAGCAUAUAGACAAAUACGGCUUCACGAUGGCGGACUCGACCUCAAACGAGAUCAUCACAUACCAGAAAGGCGUGUUUAGGACGAACUGUCUGGAUUGCCUUGAUCGCACCAAUUUUGUACAGGAUAUCCUUUCUCGCACCAUCCUUGAGCAGUAUCUCUCCCUGGUUCGACGAGAGUGGAUGAAUAUCAGUUCGCUAUGGUCUUACCAUAGAGAGCUCUGGGCAGAGAAUGGCGACGCGUUGUCUCGUAUCUAUGCAGGGACCGGUGCCAUCAACACAAGUUACACAAGGAGCGGAAAGCGGACGCUGGCCGGCAUGCUUUCUGACGCAACGAAGAGCGUCUCAAGAGCAUACAUCAACAACUUUCAGGACAAGAACAAGCAGGUCGCGAUCGACAUGUUCUUGGGCUACAUUAGUACGCAGCAGCAAGUCACCAUUUUUGACCCAAUACAUGAUCUGGUUCGCGAGGCCCUGGAAAGACGGCUGCCUGAAUACUCGACUACAAGACAAUGCGUAAUCUUUACGGGUACCUGGAACGUGAACGGGAGGACCCCCACAUCCGAACCACUAUUGCCCUGGCUGUUUGCACGAAACAGUACGCCAGAUAUUUACGCAAUAGGUUUCCAAGAGAUCGUGCCGCUUACCGCUCAACAAAUUGUACAAGCAGAUCCUGAGAAAAGGCGCAUUUGGGAGACUAAAAUCCUCGAUACACUGAAUCGAGCUCCUGACCAUAACAGCAAAUAUGUUCUUUUACGGAGCCAGCAGCUGGUCGGCACGGCAUUGCUUGUUUUGGUGAAGUCAGAGUUGGUCUCGGUGAUACGCAAUGUCGAGGCUGCAGCCCAUAAGACUGGCUUGCGUGGCAUGUCUGGCAACAAGGGUGCUGUCGCAAUCCGACUCGAUUACUACGAUACAGACUUUUGCUUCAUCACAGCACAUCUAGCUGCUGGCCACUCGAAUGUUGAGGAGAGGAAUGCAGACUACCAUACCAUUGCCAAUGGGUUGCACUUUCUCAAGGGCAAGACCAUCGAUACUCAUCAGAACGUGAUAUGGCUUGCCGAUACGAACUACCGAAUAGAUCUGGAGAACGAACGUGUAAGGCAGCUAGCCCAAGCAGACGACUUCGAUGCCCUCCUUUCCGCCGACCAAUUACGCCGAGUUAUGGACGAACACGAAGCCUUCAGCGGAUUUGUCGAGGGUCCUCUUCUCUUUGCGCCGACUUACAAGUACGAUUAUGGGUCGGACAAAUACGAUACAAGCGAAAAGAUGCGCAUACCGGCCUGGACAGAUCGGAUACUAUACAGAGGUGAUGCACUCGACUUGUCUGUCUACCACAGAGCCGAGCUGAAAAGCUCCGAUCACCGGCCUGUGUUCGCAAUUUUCAGAGCGGAAAUCCGGGUUAUCGACCAUGUCAAGCGGGCAACACUGUCACGUUUGCUGCUCGACAACGUGACUUCUACUGCGCCGGGGGAGAAGCUUGACGAGAAAUUAGCAUCUCUCACAUUUUCGACCGAGGCAUCAGAACUCCCGCCUCCCAGCUCCGAUGAUCUCGCCUGGUGGGACAGCCCAGGUACGCAGAGCGACAGCCCUGAGCAGGCUCCAUAA